AUGCCUCCUUCCCGAUCCAAGACUCGGCAGAAAAAGGCUGGAAAAGAGAAGGUUUGUGACAAAAACUCUGCAGGAGACUCAAAGAUCCACCGUGGGAAGUGGAGGGAAGAAAAGAGCAGAGGCCAAGUGAAGGCCAAAGAGUCACUGCCUGGACAAGGUAACUCCUGCUCUGACUCCAGCAGUGAAGGCCAUGGAACCCACAGAACAACUACAAAGGAAACUGUGGUGGACAGCACUUCCUCCAGUGAAGAGAAAAGCAGCUCUUGUGAAGAGAAGAGCAGCUCUUCAGGGGAAGAUGGCAACAGUGGGAAAGAAGAUGUGCUCAAAGAUCCUCCUGUGAGUGAAGGAAAAGGCUACAAGGAACUGGCUGAUGAAAGCAAGGAAGCACCUAUUGAACCUGAAAAGGAGCAGGUGACCACAAGUGGAAAAAUUGAAUCUGAGGCCAAAGGCACUGAAUUUGCAGAAUUGGAAGCAGAGGAGAGGAUGAGGAAGCCAGACAAGAUGCUGAGACAACCAGAAUGUGCUCCAGCUGAGAGCAGUGAGACAGAUGAUCAGUUAAGCACUUCUGGACUCCCAGUUCAGAGUGUUAAGGACAGGAAAAAUAUUGAAGUAGACAAGGAAAAUAUACGAGAAAAUGACAGAGAUAUGUCAAAAGAUGGACCAGUGAAUUCUGACAGAAGUGGGGAGAGCAGCCCUGUAGAGAAUAUUGAUGAAGUAAAAGAAAACAAACCAGAACAGCUCCCAACUGCUGUGAAAGCAAAACUCCACAUUCACCUUAGCAGAUGUGAACAGGAAAAGAAGGUGAAUGAUGAAGGCAGACAGCCAACCAUCGAGAACCUGAGCAAAUGGGCCAUCUCCAAGGAGCCCCAGCUGACCAGCAGCCGUGUGAGGGUCUGCAAGGACCAGUGGGAGGCAGAAGAUGUUGCUGACAACAUGCUGGAGAUGGAGUUCAUGCAGGAACAGACUUACAUUGGGCAAAUUUUGAUUUCUGUGAAUCCUUUCAAAGACCUCAGUAUCUACUCUGAAGAUGUGGCUGCAGAGUACCAGCAAGGGACUCUCUCAAAAAAUGCCCCACACAUCUUUGCCAUAGCAGAGAUGGCCUACACGCUGUCCCAGUCUUCAGAGCAGCAGCAGUGUAUUGUCAUCAGUGGGCACAGUGGAUCAGGUAAAACAGAAGCUGCCAAAGCCAUUGUGCAAUACCUGACCAUGCUGUACCAGGGAUCUGACAGCCACAGGAUCAGACAGCCCUGCAAUGUCCUACCCAUCCUGGAGAGUUUUGGAAAUGCAAGAACCAUCCUCAAUGACAACUCCAGCCGUUUUGGAAAGCUGCUGAACGUCCACCUGCAACAUGGCAUCGUGGUGGGAACAUCCAUCUCCCAGUACCUGCUGGAGAAGUCUCGUGUGGUGUUUCAGGCCCACGGUGAGAGGAACUACCACGUGUUUUACGAGCUGCUGGCAGGGCUGCCCAUGGAGCAGAAAGAGGAGAUGUAUUUGCAGGAGGCAGAGUCCUACUUUUACCUGAACCAGGGCAGAGCAUGUGAUGUCCUGGGAAAGAAGGACAGUCAGGAUUUUCUGGUCUUGGUGCAAGCUCUGGAGGGAAUCAACCUCUCAGAUGAUCAGCUGAGCUCCACCUGGGCUGUCCUGGCUGCCAUUCUGCAGCUGGGGAACAUCUGCUUUACCUCCUAUGAGGUUACAUCUUAUGAUCAGAUCUUCACCCCUCUGUCUGUGGAAGGAGCCAUUGAUGCCAGGGACUCCAUUGCCAAGGCUCUGUACUCCCUGCUCUUUGAGUGGCUGCUGCUGAGGAUCAAUGAGUGGUUGGCUCCCUGGGAGUCUGACUGUGCCAUGGGCAUCGUGGACAUCCAUGGCUUUGAGGUUGUUUUUCAUGUUUACAGAAGAUGGUUUGAGCUGUUUGGGUUCAUUCACACUGGCCAGAACCAGCAGCUCAGCUCAGCCUGUGCAGCAUUUACAGGGAGCCACAGCUCCCUGGGCCUCAGAAGUGAUGAUCCCUUCUUGUCUUUGCAGGAUCUGGGGGUGAACAGCUUAGAGCAGCUCUGCAUCAACUUUGCCAAUGAGCACCUCCAGUGGUUCUUCAGCCAGACUGUCAUUGCCCAGGAAGAGGAGGAAUACAGCCAGGAGCAGUUAGCUUGGAUUCCUAUUUCCAAGAUGUACAGUGAGUCCUGCCUGGAUUUCCUUACUGCAAAGCCCCACGGCAUCCUGUGCAUCCUGAAUGACCAGACAUCCCUGACCCAGGCCACAGACCACACUUUCCUCCAGAAGUGUCAUUACCACCAUGGGAACAGCCCUUGGUACACCAAGCCUAAGCUGCCCUUGCCAGAGUUCACUGUGCAGCACUACGCUGGCCCUGUCACCUACCAGGUCCACAAGUUUCUCAAUAAAAACCGUGACCAGCUGCGGCCAGAGGUGCUGGAUAUCUUCUCCCAGAGCCGCCUCAAGGUGGUGUCUCACAUUUUCCAGAGGGCUAAAGCUGCCUAUGGUCAGCAAAGGGAGUUGGGGGGCAGGGGCAAAGGGCUCAGGCCUCAGGCCUCCACACUGGUGUCCAAAUUCCAGCAGUCUUUGGAAGACCUCACAGCCAAGCUGAGAGGGAGCCAUGCCUUCUUCAUCCGGUGCAUCACCCCUAAUCCCAGGAAGGUAGGGCAGCACCCUGAGCUCCUUAUGGAGUCCCUCAGUUCCUUCAUUUGUCUCCAACAGCUCUCCUUUUACAGCUGGGAUUUAAACUUUGUUUCAUUUGAUAACUUGAGACUUUUCUUCCCUGUUCUGUGCCCGUGGCCAUGUGGGUUUAUCCUGUGCUGCAGGAGCAGAAGCCAGGGUCAGCAUCCCUUGGGCUUUGUGUUCCAUGGCCCACAGCCCAUGGCAAGAUCCAGUCUAAGGACAGGACAAGAGAAGGAGACCCUUUCUAAACUCCCUGCCUUCAGUCUCCUUUCUUUAUUUUUUCUUUAUUUCUUGUUUUUUAUUUUUUUCCUCUGCUUUAUCUUUGCAGCUGUCAAAUAUCUUUGAUGUGGAGUAUGUCAACUGCCAGCUGCGGCAUUCCGGGAUCCUGGAGGCCAUCCGCAUUCGGAAGGAGGGAUACCCAGUCCGUCUGCCAUUCCAGAGCUUCCUGGCCAGGUACAGGGCUGGCCUGGCUUGGGAUCACCCCAGCCCUGGAUGUUUUGUCCUCUGAGGGCUCCAUGUACAGCCCUGGUUUUUGUCACAACCACUCCUCCUGUGCCAGGUACGGGUUCCUGGCUGGGAGCAGGCCCAGCGGCAUGGAGCAGAGGGAAG